GCGACUGUGCCCCGGAAGAGACGUGGCAAAAUAUUCGUAUCUGGCUGGGAGAACUGUUUCUUAGAGCAUUAGCUAGUUGUUGAGCUAUUUUUUUUUAGACAUUCUGGAGAUAGCUUCCUACGAAAAAUUACCGUUGUACGCCGUCUUUGGAAACUCGGAGGAACCGUGUAGAUAACCUGCGUGACACACAGCUAACACCAAAGACAGACCAUGGGUCUGUGCAAGUGUCCGAAAAGGAAGGUGACCAACCUAUUCUGUUUUGAACAUCGUGUGAACGUGUGUGAGCACUGCCUGGUUUCAAAUCACAAUAAGUGUAUAGUGCAGUCUUACCUCCAGUGGCUUCAGGACAGUGAUUACAACCCCAACUGUCGUCUUUGUAAUAAUCCUCUGAUCGACCAGGACACUGUCCGGUUAGUCUGCUACGAUGUGUUCCACUGGGCGUGCCUUCAUGACCAGGCAUCGCGGCUGCCCUUGCACACUGCUCCAGCAGGGUACCAGUGCCCCAGCUGCCAGGGGCCUGUGUUCCCCCCUUCCAACCUGGCUAGCCCAGUAGCAGACACACUGAGGGAGCAGCUGUCCUACGUCAACUGGGCCCGAGCCGGACUGGGCCUGCCGCUGACUGAGGAGCCAGAGGGAGGAUUCGAAGACAGCUCGUCGAACGAUGUCACAAAUUAUGCUGACUGGUCUACAUUUGAUGCUACAGCCCCAGAGCCCAGUGAAGCUUACUCCACCCAGUCCUACAGCCCGGAGCCCAGCCCGGCCCCCACCCCAGCUCCACCUCCUGCACAGGAGGAGCAGGAAGCCCUUCUAAACAACAACGGAAGUCUGGUGACACAGGAACACUCUGUGGCAAGCAUGGCCACUGCACCUGCCAGUGACACCAUCACAAUACAUGCUGUAUCUUCACCCAGAAAGGUCUACGACACCCGUGAAUCUGCUCAUAGCUCCGUGACACAGAUUGACUUUGAUGAUGACAAGUAUCGGCGAAGACCUGCCUUGAGCUGGUUUGCACAGAUUCUCAAGAACCGAACUGGUUUAAAGAAGACAUCCUUGUCGUGGAAGCAGAGGGUGUUCAUGAUCCUCCUGGUCGGGGUCCUGGGCUUCUUCACCCUCAUCAUCAUCAUGGCUAAACUGGGGAGAGCCUCGGCCGACUCAGACCCCAACUUGGAUCCUCUCCUGAACCCUAACAUCCGUGUGGGGAAGAACUGAGCAGCGCCCCCUGGUGUCACACACGCAUCCCUACAGGCAACGAGGAACCGGACAAUGUACUUGGGACCAGGCGAGUUCGACGGCCAGAUCUUCUCCUGGACUCGAGCGAGAGAAUGAAAUGGAGCGAUCUGCACUGGGAAGUUUUAGUAGUUGAAAACACUUGUCCUUUUGUUUGGAUUGGGCAGAUGCUAAUUCCCUAUGCAUAUACUGGACAGAAUUAAUAUAUAUAUGUAUAACGGUUUUGGGGUGUUUGCAUUUGCCGAAACCAUUUAAAACAACUUAUUUUAGCAUAUCCAUAUCUUUCCCACUGUUUUUGAAUGAAAAUGGGUUGAUGAAGAGGUGAUAAGUAUACACUUUUCCAUAGACAUUGUAUUCUAUCUAUGACACUACAGGCAGAUGUAUGGGGUAAUUGUCAUAACUUGAUGAGUUCAUUGUUACCACAACCCCAACAAACUGAUCUGUUAUAAAUAUGGAUCUGUUUGCUCAUUUAGGUCUAGUUAUUUGUGUGAUGGUGAGACUGUGGUUUGGGUUGAACUGGAAGGACAACACUGCAUCUAACUCAGCAAAUGUUUUGUCUGUUCAUUAAUUCCACACAUCUGUAAAUAAGAAAUUGAAUGAAAGAAGAAAUUGAAUGUGUGUGUGUGUGUUUUUGACCGAAAAUUAAAUAAGUUUGAACAAUAACUGCUUUCUGCACAUACGGUAGUCUGCUUUUUUUAUUUUUCAGAUCUCAACCUUUUUCUUUUCCUUUUUUCAUUUCAUGAAAGUGAUGGGUUUGUACACUGUUGUCGCUCCGUUUUGAUUGUAAACCAGAAGGAGAUUCUGUUCGAGGAAUCUUUUAAAUCAAGAACAGAAUUUAUUUUACAUUGCCCAUGUUUUCCCCUUUACUUAUAUAUUGACAAACACAGGUGGAAAUUAAUUUCUUCUCUUGAUUGCUACAGGUGACUGUUGGUGUCAAACUUCCAAGUUUCUAUGAGAGAUUGGUGCUUUUGGAGUGGUGGAUUCGGUUAAGAUGAGAAGUUACGUUUUAUUUUGCUGUACCAUUCACAUUACUUUCCAAAUAAACAACAGUCCUUCUGAGGACUUUCAUGGUUUGAGUUACACCUGCA